AUGUCUUUAAAUGCUAAAAAUAAUAAAGUUAGUAAUACUGUUAACCAGUCAAAAAUUUCAACAAAUACUACUCCUGUGACUCAAUGUUGGGGUGACCGUCAUGAUUCGUCUGCUGUGGAUUCCCAUUGUGAGUCUCAUGAUGAGGCUGGUGAUGGCUUUAAAAUGGUUACAAAUAAAAAGCAGAGAAAGUCACCUAAGUCCAAUCAUGUCAGCCAAUUGCCCAAUACCAAUAGCGGUUCCAAAACUUUGUCAAAGAAAAUUUUCGGUACAGGACUUGAUUGUCCAUUCAAGGCUUCAAAAGUUAUCGUUAAAAAAACUACAUAUUACGUAGGCAACGUCGGCCCCUGUGGUAAAAAUCCGUUAGAUCAUUUACCUAAGUUGUUGAACCCAGAUAUCUGGCCUCAAUAUGCUUUUUUCCGUGAGUGGGACUACUCAAAGAUAGGCUCAGCCCAGUUAUCCUCGCAGAACGCUAAAACUACUGACCAUGGCGGAAUCAAGUUUGAUUUGGUGGCUGUCACUGAGACCUGGUUGAGUGAUGCUACCUCUGCUUUGAUAAAUUUAUCUGGUUUUAAAUUUGUAUGCGUGAAUCGUAUUUGCAAUAUUGGUGGUGGUGUUGGUUUAUUUGUUAGAGAUGGCUUAAAUUUAUUAAUCUUUUACAUUCUUUUUAGUUAUUAUUCCUUAAUAUCAGCGGCCACUCGUGUUACUGCCACUAACAUUGUUAAAAAUGCAAUCAUUACAAAUUGUAAAUCUUUCCGUAAGAAAUCCCUUAAGAGGAAGCCGUGA